AUGGCCGCAGCCACAAGCGCACUCUGCUCAAAUCCAGCCGUCCGCAAGGAAUGGCGCGAGCUUACCGACACCGAAAAGGCCGAGUACCUUCGUGCCGCCGUGUGUCUGCGCGAGCUGCCCAAGGCAAAGUACGCCGAAAUCGAUGCCGUCACCACGCGCAUGGACGACUUGGUGUACACCCAUUAUGCUCUCAAUACAGAAAUCCACUUCGUGGCCACCUUCCUCCCAUGGCAUCGAUGGUAUGUAAAGCUGCACGAGGACCUGCUACGGACCGAGUGCGGCUUCAAUGGUACACAGCCAUACUGGGAUUGGAGCAUUGAAGCCGACGCCAAGGACAUGCCCAAUUCACCUCUCUUUGACCCCGUCACCGGCUUCGGCGGUAACGGCAAGAGUACUGGCAGCAACGAGCCGGGCUUCCAGCGCUGCGUGGUCGAUGGCCCCUUUGCCAAUACGAACCUGACGCUGGGUAUGGGGUGGCCCAACUUGAAUGACCCCGGUGAUCGACUGCACUGCUUCACGCGCGCGUUCAACGGUGGUGAGGGCAACGAUGAAAAUGGUGAUCUCAUUAUUGGCGACAUGCAGUCUAGCGCCUACAACUCCAAAGUCAUGAACACCAUUUACGGCUUUGAGAAAUUCUCCGAGAUGGCCAACAUGCUUGAGGGAUUGCCGCACGCACAGAUUCACAGCAUCAUCUUUGGUGAUAUGGGCCCAGCCACCUCGCCCAACGAGCCACUCUUUUUCCUGCAUCACGGCAACGUUGACCGUGCUUGGGCCAAGUGGCAAGGCCGCAACGCCACCCGCCUGGCUGACUACAGUGGAUUCCAAGACCGCAACAAAGUAAUUGCAGCCUCGAUCAACGACGCCAUGCCCAUCCUGGAGCUUGACGACACUGAACCCAUUGUCAGGGACUACAUGGACAUCCAGGGAGGCCCUUUGUGCUAUACCUACUCAUCCAUGUAA